AUGCCGGCCAGGUUAUCUCAUCACUGCCCUGUGUGGAGCUCCACCUCGCCUGCACUGCGGCUGAGUACGGAGAGUAGGUCAAUGACCGAGGCUGACAUACAGACAGCACGGCCUGGCUUCCUCAGUUAUUCUCAAUCGAAUAUCUCAAUCCCAGUGUCCCUGAAAAGGGCAUAUCUCAAUCCCAGUGUCCCUGACGAGGCAUAUCUCAAUCCCAGUGUCCCUGACAAGGCAUAUCUCAAUCCCAGUGUCCCUGACGAGGCAUAUCUCAAUCCCAGUGUCCCUGACAAGGCAUAUCUCAAUCCCAGUGUCCCUGACGAGGCAUAUCUCAAUCCCAGUGUCCUUGACAAGGCAUAUCUCAAUCCCAGUGUCCCUGACAAGGCAUAUCUCAAUCCCAGUGUCCCUGACGAGGCAUAUCUCAAUCCCAGUGUCCCUGACGAGGCAUAUCUCAAUCCCAGUGUCCCUGACAAGGCAUAUCUCAAUCCCAGUGUCCCUGACAAGGCAUAUCUCAAUCCCAGUGUCCCUGACAAGGCAUAUCUCAAUCCCAGUGUCUGUGACAAGGCAUAUCUCAAUCCCAGUGUCCCUGACAAGGCAUAUCUCAAUCCCAGUGUCUGUGACAAGGCAUAUCUCAAUCCCAGUGUCCCUGACAAGGCACAUCUCAAUCCAAGUGUCCCUGACAAGGCAUAUCUCAAUCCCAGUGUCCCUGACAAGGCAUAUCUCAAUCCCAGUGUCUGUGACAAGGCAUAUCUCAAUCUCAGUGUCCUUGACAAGGCAUAUCUCAAUCCCAGUGUCCCUGACAAGGGAUAUCUCAAUCCCAAUGUCCCUGACAAGGGCAUAUCUCAAUCCCAGUGUCCCUGACGAGGCAUAUCUCAAUCCCAGUGUCCCUGACAAGGGCAUAUCUCAAUCCCAGUGUCUGUGACAAGGCAUAUCUCAAUCCCAGUGUCUGUGACAAGGCAUAUCCCAAUCCCAGUGUCCCUGACAAGGCAUAUCUCAAUCCCAGUGUCUGUGACAAGGCAUAUCUCAAUCCCAGUGUCCCUGACAAGGCAUAUCUCAA